GUUAAUUAGGAAGAAUGAAUUACAACCGUUAACUUCCAGGAACGUCCUCCUCAGUCCUCUCAACCAGCAAAUCCACAGGCAAAAAGAUCCCAUAUGAAUUCAAGAACAUGCAUGGAUUCGCUCAUUCUCUCACAUCUCCCUCAUUUUUCAGCUUAAACCCCCUUCCCAGAUCGACUUCUCCGCCUUUUCUUCCCAAAUUUCGGCAUGGGCAUAACGUCGAACACUUUGCGCGCGCACCGGAGGCCUUCCUGCGCAGUCACACCCAGCACCUCAAGAGGAAGACAAUAGGAAAUUACAGAGGCUCCCCCAUCAGAGCGAGUGGGAGGGAGUCUCCCUACGAGGUUCUGGGCGUGUCUCCUUCUGCUUCUACCAAAGAUAUAAAGAGGGCUUAUCGGAAACUUGCUCUUAAGUAUCAUCCAGAUGUAAACAAGGAGGCUGGUGCUCAAGAAAAAUUCAUGCGGAUUAAGCAUGCAUAUAACACACUGCUGACCUCAAAAUCGAGAGGUCAAUAUGACGCUGGCAAGCAGGGAUCUGAUUAUUCUUAUUCAGCUGGAGGAUACCAGACAAGGAGUAGAGAAGCUGAAGAAGAAUUCUAUGGAUUAGGUAACCUUUUCAGGGAUGUCCAAAUAACAAUAGGGGACUUCUUCAGAGAUCUUCAGGAAGAAUUUCGCAACUGGGAGUCAACUGUUGAUACUCAAGGAAAGCCAAAGAGCUUGUGGGAAGAGUUGUCGGAAAUUGGAGAAGAAUUUGUUGAGUUCUUAGAGAAGGAACUCAACAUUACAGAUGAAGAGGUAGUUGAAAACAAUGACAAAAAUUCUUCAAAGGGCCCUGAUUCAUAUGGAACUAAGGGCGCUGCAAAUGCUGGCCGGAAGGAGGCUAAUAAAGGAGGCAGCAGCAUCAACGACAAUAUAGAUGAGAUUGAAGCAACCCUGGCCCAACUAAGAAAGGAACUGGGUCUAUAAGUUAGGAUUUGUGUUUUUGUCCUAAUGCAUUUGAGAAUUGUGAUUAGCGAAUGCUAUUGCACGCCCUGGUACAGUUGAAAUAUCCAGUUGGCGAUUGCUAUGGCUCACCCUGGUUCAGUCGGAAUAUCCAGUUGGCUCUACAAACACACACACAGUUGUGGUAAAAGAAUUCUUUUGUUUGAGGUAUAACUGCACCAGAUUUCUGAUUUGAAGAGGUAGAUGUCGAACUGUGUACCAUGUGUACAGUGAUUGUAUUUAUAGAAAUGGCAAAUUUUUCCUUUGGCUUUUA